AUGAACGCGUCCGUUCCCAACGUGCUGCGGCCGGGCGGCUCCCGCAACACGCCGCUCGGUCUCGCAGACAUUCGGCCGCGCGCCGACUCGAGCCUGUCGGACGGGUUCCCUGGUGGCUAUGACCAGGCCAACGCCCAGCCGGGCAGCAGCAACUACCUGGCACCGUGGGCGCUGUAUGCAUUCGACUGGUGCAAGUGGCCAUCGACGGGCAACGGCGCCGGCAAGCUGGCCAUUGGCAGCUACCUCGAGGACGGGCACAACUUCAUCCAGAUCCUGGACACGCACGUCAGCCAGGCGCCGGCCGAGUCGUACCAGCCAGGCACGUCCAAGUACCAGCUGGAAUUCACCAAGGUGGCCGAGGCCACGCACACGUAUCCCGUGACGCGGCUGCUCUGGGAGCCGCCGUCUUCGCAGAAACAGUCCACCGACCUGUUGGCGACGUCGGGCGACCACCUGCGGCUGUGGUCGCUGCCCUCGGACACGCCGACGUCGGCGACCAGCAGCACGAUUGGGCGGCGGGACGCGGGCACCACCAAGCUGACGCCGCUGGCGCUGCUGUCCAACUCCAAGACGCCCGAUCACACGGCGCCGCUGACGUCGCUGGACUGGAACACGGUGUCGCCGAGCCUGAUUAUCACGUCGAGCAUCGACACGACGUGCACCAUCUGGGACAUUCCGUCGCUCACCGCCAAGACGCAGCUGAUUGCGCACGACAAGGAGGUGUACGACGUGCGCUUCUGCGCCGGCAGCAUGGACGUGUUUGUCAGCUGCGGCCAGGACGGCAGCGUGCGCAUGUUUGACUUGCGUAGUCUGGAGCACAGUACUAUCAUCUACGAGCCCACAGGCAAGGAUGACCGCGACGCCCAAGGCGGUAGGAUAAGUCCGACACUCGCCCAGCAGACCAUGUCCAACCCGCCGCCGCUGCUGCGCCUCGCCACCUCGCCCCACGACACCCAUCUGCUCGCCACGUUCGCCCAAGACUCGGACGUCAUUCGCAUCCUGGACGUCCGGCAACCUGGCCAGGCCCUGCUCGAGCUGCGCGGCCACGGCGGCUCGGUCAACUGCGUCGAGUGGUCGCCGCACCGCCGCGGGACGCUGGCGUCUGGCGGCGACGACUGCCAGGUGCUCAUCUGGGACUUGCUGACCAACAACAGCUCGUUGCUGGCCGGCAGCAGCCUGGGCACCGGGGGCGGCAGCGGCGGCGGCAGCGGCAGCGGCAGCGGCACCAUCAGCAGCAACAGCGCCGCCCCCGGUGCUCCUGGGAGCGGUGCGGCGCCGCCUGCGAACGGCGCGACACCGGCCGAGAACGCGCGGGCGCCCGUGGCGGCAUGGCAGUGCGACUAUGAGGUCGGCAACCUGGGCUGGGUCCCGCGGCUGGCCAACAGUGACGCCGGCGAGUGGCUGGGAGCCGCGCCAGAUCUGCUGGUUCUCGUCUGGGUCCCGCCGCAGCGACUCGCCGUACCGGUAGCCGAUGAUCGUCGCCUGCUUGAGGAGGACGCGGUUCAUGGCCACCUGCUCGAGCGUCGUGUCGUCGCGCGCCGCAAAUCCCACCACCAACACGCGGCCCCGGUGCGCCAGACACUUGAGACUCUCGCUCACGCGACCGACCGAGUCAAAGACCACAUCGACCCCGCGAGCAUCGGGCGUCGCGUCCAGCACACGCGCCCACCACGGCUUGCCCGACGCCGUGUCGGACGUGUCAAUGACCACGUCGGCGACACAACGCUAUGCCACGGCACACUUUUCCGGGCUCGAUGCGACGGCAAUGACGCGGCAGCGGCCAUAGCCGCCGUUGGCGGGGACAGCGCGCGCGGCAAUCUGGACGGCCAUGCAGCCCAAGCCACCGGCGGCGCCGAGCACGAGCACCGUCUCGCCGGCAUGCAGCUGGGCGCGCGUCACCAGGGCCCCGUAGGACACCGGAAGUGUGGCAGCCAUGCCUGCGGCGGCGGUGUAGCUCCAGCCGUGCGGGAUCGCGCUGAGUGCAGAGGCAGGGACGGCGAUCUGCUCUGCAUAGGCGCCGAGGGACGAGCCGAAGACGCGGUCACCGAGCCGGAAGGCGGCGCCAGGGCCGGUGCGCGGCGCAUACAUGACGGUGCCGGUGAACUCGAGGCCAAGGGUGAACGGCGGCGUCACAUGGCGGCGGUUAUUUUGGUGCCUCCCACGGGCCUAGAAGGAGACAGUGAGCUGAACAAGGAGAAGGGAGCCUACAUAGAGAGUGUCGACAAAGUUGACGCCGGCGGCUUUCACCUGCACGACCACCUCGUCCUCUUUGGGCACGGGCGGCGCUACGUCGGAGACGGCGACGUCGCCGAGGCUCUUAACUGUUAG